CAAACUAACCAUCCUUUUAUGAGGCUGGAAGACGGAAGUGUACGGGAGUCAACAGUGGUGCGACUGUUGAUUCAGCCGCACAGUGCUUUCCGUGCUGCCUCUCUGUAGACACCCUCUCCCCGUGGAUUUCAGCCUCCGUAUCCUGCGCUCACAUUUGGGAAGCUGCUGAUCGUCCUAUUCCGCCCAGUGUCUACGCCCUUAUCACCGACAGUCGGCCCCGGCCAUGGCGGUGAAUGCGAAGCGCAAGCAGGAGGAGAAGCAUCUGAAGAUGCUGCGGGAGAUGACGAGCCUGCCGCCCAACAGAAAGUGCUUCGAUUGUGACCAGCGCGGCCCGACCUACGCCAACAUGACCGUGGGCUCGUUCGUCUGCACCACUUGUUCGGGCAUACUGCGCGGCCUCAACCCCCCCCACAGAGUGAAGUCCAUCUCCAUGACGACCUUCACGCAACAGGAGAUCGAGUUCCUGCAGAAAAACGGCAACGAGUUCUGCAGACAGAUAUGGCUGGGACUGUAUGACGACAGAACCUCGUCCGUUCCAGAUUUCCGCGAACCCCAGAAAGUGAAGGAGUUCCUCCAGGAGAAGUACGAGAGGAAGAGAUGGUAUGUCCCGCCGGAGCAGGCCAAGGUGGUGGCCUCUGUGCACGCCUCCAUCUCGAGCUCCCCGGGCAGCAGCACCGGCAGCACCCCCGAGGUCCGCCCCCCCCUCAAAGCUCUGCUGGGAGAGUCCGGGUCCCCCGCCCACCUGAGCAGGAGCACGCGCAGUCAGUCUCCAGUGGCGAGUCGCGCUCAUGCCCAGGCCCACCAGGCCCACCAGGCCCAGGAGAAGAAGUUCGACCUUCUGAGCGACCUCGGAGGAGACAUCUUCGCCGCCCCUCCCUCUCAGGCCGCCGGCGCCAACAGCUUCGCUAACUUUGCACGUUUCAACAACCACCCGGGUGGUGGCGUGCCCAACAUGGCGGCUCCUCCUCCAGCGCCCGCGGGGACGGCGGCGGCUCAGCCGCAGGCCGGCAUGGUCGGCGGAGACCGCUACGCCGCUCUGGCAGAGCUCGACAGCGUCUUCAGCGUCUCCUCCUCCUCCUCUUCCCCGGCCGCUGGGACCGCCCCCCCAGGCAGCGUGUACGGUGCAGCUGCGGGGAUUGCACCUGCCCCAGCGCAGCAGGUCUUACCCAGCAUGCCCCAGGGCUUCGGAGCUGGGCCUUCCACAAACCCUUUUGUUGCUGCUGCAGUUGCCCCGGCAACAGCCCCUACCAACCCCUUCCAGACCAAUGGGAAAGCAGUGGCAGCAGCAGCUCCCUUUGGUACAGGCUCUAUGAGCAUGCCGGCAGGGUUCGGAAACUCUGCUGCCUUCAACCUCCCGACCAGCUUCAGCGGAACCUUCCAGCAGCCCAUCCCAGGACAGGGCCCCUUUCCCCAGCCCCCGGCCUACCCCCUGCACCCCAACGGUGCAGGGUGCGCCCCGUAUGGACACGCUAAACCUGUGGUGACCCCGUUUGGUCAGGUCAUGUCGGGCCCCGGGGUGUCCAGUAACCCCUUCAUGGCGGGCGCUCCCGCAGGCCAGUACCCAGGAGGAAGCUCGUCCACCAACCCCUUCUUAUAGCGCACUUCCCCUGCUCCGCCACCAGGGGGCGCUCUGGCGCCUGGCCACCAGGCUCCUCCCCCCCACAGUUUCGUUUCGUGUGCAGCAUUCUCUUCGAUUCUAUAGCACCGUUUUGUUUUCUUUUCAAAAGCGACUAUUGAAAUGACGACGGCGGCAGCGACGGUUGUGGCGACAACUUUCAGUGACAAACAGAACAGAACAUUAAACAUGGUAACAGGGUGCAGCUGGAUUUUCUCUCUCUCUCGCUCUCUCUCUCCAUUUCUCACUUUGCUAGCUGCCCACCCAGUGCACUGUAGAGACAUGUAUAUUCAAGCUGGCUAAACGCAGAGUCGUUUCAAAUACCGCAUUCAUUAUGCUGCAGUUCUGUACAUAAUUGUUUCUUAGAAAAAGAUGAUCUUUGUGCAUAUCGGUUUGUGCAUAUUUAAGGCCUAUAAUUGUGUGAAGUCAGAGUCUUUUAGGGGAAAAAGGGAUGCAAAAGAUCUAAAGCACAGGUCAUGAACAGGGUUGUAUGGAGGAAGAGGAGGAGCAGGUGUGUUUGGGGAAAGAGGAUGAGCACUGAUCAGCUCUGGUGUGUUUGGGGGAAGAGGAGGAGCAGUGAGGAGCAGGUGUGUUUGGGGGAAGAGGAGGAGCAGUGAGGAGCAGGUGUGUUUGGGGGAAGAGGAGGAGCGGUUGAGGAGCUCAGGUGUGUUUGGGGGAAGAGAAGGAGCAGUGAGCACCAGGUGUGUUUGGGGGAAGAGGAGGAGCAGUGAGCAGCAGGUGUGUUUGGAGCAACCAGAGGAUUCAGACCGCCUCUUUGGUGGGAGACGUGACUGAUCCUUUCUAUUUGGUGUUACAGAAAUUUAAGUUAAUCUGUAAAUAUAUACAUAUAUAAAUAUUAAAAUGGAUUUUAAAUAAAACAUUCUCUUUUUUUUUUUCUUCUUUUUUUUGUAUUUCUGUACUGUUCAAGUUUAAAAUUCCCAUUUUGUGACCUUUGCCGAACAGAAAGGCAUUUCUUCUGUUCAACCAGUCACUGGAUGUGGUCAGAUUCUGCCCUGCAGACUGCUCCAGGAUCAGUGCGAACCUUUUGCACCUAACGUCUGGGGUUAGGCUCGUGGGUUGAAUUAAAUGAUCCUGUGUUGGCUGUUGAAGGGCAGGAAUUACCCAGAAUGCUGCACUGUUUCCAAAGCGAUGUGGAAGACUUCAACUAAUGGCUGAGCACACCGCACUGAACUCACUGGAAAAAAAAUGCUUUAAAUAAAAUUAUUUCUACUGUU